AUGAAGAACGUUGUACGGUCUGCCCUGACCAUCUUGGCCGUGGCCUCUGUGGUCGCAGCGCAAGAUGCCAAUGUCACGGCAUCGCUGACACCGGCAGCAACCACCGUCUCACCAUCGGCUACUCUCUUCCCAGCAGAAACAGUCCAACUGACCGACGGGGUCCUCGCCGAUGUGGCUGACACCAUUCAGAAUGACACCGUCUCCAGCCUGUUCACCUUUGCCAGCACCAACUCCUCUUCCGUAUCGAAGAGAAGCUUGCACCAGUGCAAGGUAAUGCCUGGAGAUCGCGCCUGGCCGAGCGACCUGAUCUGGGACAUCUUCAAUCUCCUCCUCGGAAGGCGUCUGGUGAAGACGACACCGCUGGCCGCAUACUGUUACCCUGACUGGCCCGAGUAUGAUGCGCAAAAGUGUGCCACCGUCACGGCAGAAUGGACCAGUUCUAAUCUCCACAUGGCCGAUCCGGCUUCCAUCAUGUUGCCCCUGUACGAAGGCCGCACAUGCAUGCCCCCCGGCUACAACUACACGAACACCUGUGAGAUUGGUGGGUAUCCGACCUACGUCGUCAAUGCCACCAACGUGGCUCAGAUCCAGCUGGCUGUCAACUUCGCCCGGAAUCUCCACCUGCGCUUGGUUGUCAAGAACACCGGCCAUGACUUCAACGGCAAGGCGGCCGGUAAGGGUGCUCUAUCGAUCUGGACGCAUUGGCUGAAGGACAAGGCCUUCUACUCGCACUACAAGGCCACUAAUGGCUACGUCGGCCCAGCCAUCAAGUUCGGCUCUGGUGUGCAGGUGUGGGAGGCGUAUGAAUAUGCCAAGGCCAACGGUGUUACUGUUGUUGGUGGCGAAGCCGUCACCGUUGGUCUGGGAGGGGGUUAUACCGCCGGCGGUGGUCAUUCGCCCUUGAGCAGUCUGUACGGCAUGGCCGCGGACCAGGUUCUUGCGAUGGAGGUGGUCCUUGCCGAUGGCCGUUUCAUCACGGCCACAUCCACACAGAACUCGGACAUCUUCUGGAUGCUCCGUGGUGGUGGCGGCAGCACCAUCGGCGUCGUCACUUCGUUGACAGUCAAGGCAUACCCCAAGCUGCCAACAACGACCGUUACCUUCAAUUUCACCAUCAAGGACGCCCCUAGCGCCGACGCCUUUUGGAAGGGCGUCGAGUCCUACAUUGACAACUUCGAGGCCUUUGUCGAUGCGGGUACCUACGGCUACUACUACCUCGGCGCGUCCGCGUUCGAGAUUGGUACCGAUUAUGCCGGGUCGACCGAUUACUAUUUCCGCAUGGAGUCGUUUGUGGCUCCCAACAUGACGAUCGACGAGACAAAGGCCCUGCUGGCUCCCUGGUUCGAUGUGCUAGACGGUCAAAACAUCACCUACACUCCUUGGUACAACUACGCCGACAACUUCUAUGACGUCUGGGAGGUGGCCUUCCCUCAGGAAUACGUUGGAACUGCCCUGGUCAAGACGGCCUCCCGUCUGAUGCCCCGAAGCGGCCUCUUCAUCGCUGGCUUCCACAUCAGUGGCACCGGCAAAGCCGUCACCCCUCCCACCGACACCUCCGUCCUCCCAGCCUGGCGCGAUGCCCUCGCACACGUCAUCGUCGGUGCCGAAUGGACGUCCGACGCCAGCUGGGCCACGGUAAAGAACUCGUCUCUGUUCGUGACGAGCUGGAUGGACGUCCUGCGCGACAUUGCGCCCGACUCGGGCGCAUACAUGAGCGAGGCAGACCUGCUCGAGCCGAACCUGCAACAGGCGUUCUACGGCGCCAACUACAACCGACUCUACAGCCUCAAGCAGCGGUAUGAUCCGUGGGGAUUGUUCUUUGCGCUGACAGCCGUUGGCGCGGAGGAUUGGGAGGUCCAGGUCACGGAUCCAGUGCCCUACUCGUGGAAUAAUAAUGGACGCUUGUGUCCUGUUUCCUCUUGA